GGGUAUUCUAGAUAAAAAUCACGAAACGAGUUAUGCUUGUAUUCCUGAGUACAUACUCGAUCAGCUUCUUGUUGGGAAUCGUCGGUUCUCGCUUAAGUCGUAUCAUUUUUCACUUGGGAAAUGGACGAAAUUUUUGCAGAUAUAAGCUUGACUUCUGAGCAUCAUAGACUCUUCCCAGGGAAGACAACAUGAAAGGGAAGCUCUUGUGAGAAAGCUCAGGUCAGCACUCUUAUCUGCCGAAGCAGUGCUGAAUAAUUCAGCUGACAGACAUAUCACGAACCCAGCUGUAACAGAGUGGCUGACUGAGCUAGAAGAGACAGUGGAUGAUGCUCGCGAUCUAUUGGAGGGGAUUGCCGAACCUGAGAGUGUGCCUAGAAAGUCCAGAAGUAGACCAUCAAGAGGCAAAACACUACAGAAUGUCCUCGACAGGCUAGAGUAUAUGGCAAGACAAAAGGAUGCCUUCAUUUUAAUUGAACUCGGAGAAGAUCCAUCACUUAAAGUAACAACUUCCCUGGUCUAGGAAUCUCAUGUAUACGGCCAAGAAGAUGAUGUAGAGGCAGUCGUAAGAAUGCUGCUGCGAGCAAGAGAUGAUGUAAGUUCUGACCUGAUGCAAGUGGUCACUGUCACGGGUGCCAGUGGGAUUGGAAAAACUACACUUUCUCAGCUCGUGUACAAUGAUUGUAGAGUAGAGAACCAUUUCAGUCUCAGGGUGUGGAUCUGUGUUACAAAUGGUACUACGGACAUAUACGAGGUAACAAGGACGGUAUUAGAAGCAGUCUCCACAGUGGCCUGUGAUAUUGAGGACCUGAAUCUGCUUCAGCUUAGAUUGGGAGAAGAGCUACGGGGCAAGAGAUUUCUACUCGUGCUAGAUGGUUGGAACAGGAACUGCUUUAACUGGGAUGUCCUGAGAGGUCCUUUCAGAUCAUGUAGGCGAGGAAGCAGAAUCGUUGUGACACCUUACAGCGAGAGCACAUUGCAAAUGGUAAAUUUGAUGUUAAUUUAUCAUCUGAACCCUCUGUCCAAUGAAAAUUGCUGUAAUCUCUUUGUUAGCUGUGCAUUUGCUAGUGAAACGGUAUGGCAGGUCCCCAGCUAUAGAAGCAAUAUUUAUAUCAGAGUUUGUGAAGAAAUGCAGAGGACUUCCUUUAGUUGCCAAACCCUCGGUAUUCUGCUUCGUUCUAAACUAAUCCUGUGAAAUGGGAUGAAUUUCUGACUGACUGAAUGUGGGAUUCAUCAGACGACAUGAAUGCAGUCCUGAUUGCGGUAAGUGUAAAUCAAGAGGAAAUUUGUGUUGUGCAUACUCUUUAUCAUAAUGUUGGUAAUAGGUUCCUCUUUUGGAUGAAUGGGGCAAACCGAUGGAGGAAACUAAAAGCAGAACAAAGAAGAGCUAAAGCAAAGCCACUAGCGCCCAAUGUUGUGAAAAGUGCAGACUGCCCAGUGGCUCGAAUGGGGAACCACCAGACAGCAAUGAAAAGAGCAUAUGCGGCUUUCAUUCCAAGAGAGGGAUGCUUCCCCUAUUCUUGGUGCUUUGGUUCAUCGGAUUUGUCAUCUUGAGUGCACAAGUUUUUAACGCUGUGAACGAUGCUUCCACAGUUAAAAUCCUGGGGAGGAUUCGCGAUCACCAAGCAAGGAUGCUGAAGGAUGAGUUCACGGGCAAUGCUAAUCAAAUCCAUUUCCUUGGGAUCCUUCUUAUGAGAUUGUUGUACUCCAAGAAUGAAUUCUAAGGAAAACAGGUCUGUUCCUUAUUUUCUUGGACCUCAAAAACAUGACUGCUUUGGUGAGAGACGAGUAUUUAUUUUCACUCAACGGCUUUUCUCUUACUUGUGCUUUUAGCAUCAAUUUUUUUUUUCUCGUUAUGUUAUGAGAGAGAAGUGUCACAAAUUACG